UGUCCUCGGAGAGGAAGGGGCCCGGCCCCGAGCGUGAUAAGCGCGUUUGGGUGUCCAGCUCGGACGAGGGGACGUAGCCUGGUGGAGAAGCUGAGCAGACGGUGAGGACUCCGAGGGAGUGCCGGCCCCUCAGGCCGGCUUCCGGGGCCUGGCCGUGGAAGGUCUAGGCGCCCGUGGGUCCUCAAGGACGCUUCCACCCAGGAGGAGUCUUCCUGAAAAUGCAGGUCAUGAGCCUGAUCACACCCAUGGCCCUCUUGCCUCUGCUCUGUGGCUGUGUGGGUAUCUUCAGCCUUUUCAAGCUGCUGCGGCGGAUGCGCAUGAAAGCUUGCCUGCAGGACUCUGUCGUGGUCAUCACGGGUGCCACCUCGGGGCUCGGCAAAGAAUGCGCCAAAGUCUUCCACGCUGCGGGUGCUAAGCUGGUGCUCUGUGGCCGUAACAAGGAAGUCCUGGAUGAGCUCACCAGAGGCUUGGCUCCUUCUUGCACCACACAGGUAAAGGUGUAUAAGCCGUACGUAGUGGCCUUUGACCUGGCAGACCCCAGUGCCAUUGUUGGAGCAGCAGCCAAGAUUCUGCAGUGCUUUGGCCAUGUGGACAUACUGAUCAACAAUGCUGGGAUCAGCUACCGUGGCGCCAUCAUGGAUACCAGCACAGCUGUGGACAAGAGAGUGAUGGAGACCAACUACUUUGGCCCAGUUGCUCUAACAAAAGCACUUCUGCCCUCUAUGAUUGAGAAGAAACAAGGCCACAUUGUCGUGAUCAGCAGUAUCCAGGGCAAAAUCAGCAUACCUUUUCGAUCGGCCUAUGCAGCCUCCAAGCAUGCAACCCAAGCAUUCUUCGACUGUCUUCGUGCAGAGAUGGAGCAGCAUGGAAUCGAUGUGACUGUGAUCAGCCCAAGCUACAUUCACACUAACCUCUCCCUAAACGCCAUUACUGCGGAUGGUUCCAGAUAUGGAGUUAUGGACACAACCACAGCCCAGGCCAGGAGCCCUACAGAGGUGGCCCGAGAUAUCCUUGCUGCUGUGGCAAGGAAGAAGAAAGAGGUGAUCCUGUCUGACCUGCUCCCUUUUUUGGCCAUUUACAUUCGAACUCUGACUCCUGGACUCUUCUUUAGCCUCAUGGCUUCUAGGGCCCGAAAAGAGCAGAAAUCCAAGGACUCCUAAUCCUGGCCAGAGAUACGGUAGGACGGCUGUACUUUUGGGGGGAAUGAUUAUUCUACAAUGGAUGUGUCUAUGUGUGGGUCUAAGAUUUGCCAGUUGGGAAAACAUGUCUAGAGACCUCUGGCCAGGUGCCCUAUUGGCAGAGAAUAGGGACCCAAAACAACAAGGCUUGUUUCCUGUGUAAAGUAAACAAAAUGGGUAGUGGCUCUAAAAGCAUGAAGUAAUGGUUAGAGCAGGCAGGAGCCAUAGUCCACUAGGGUCCACAGGACCAAACUCAUUUGAGUUUCAGCAUCAGCAGAUCCUAGAAAUGGUCUUGGACAUUAACUGGCCCAGUUGUUCUCACCUUUAACUUAUGCAAAUUGCUUUAGCUGUGAGAAAGGGAGAGUGGAUGACCAUGAACAACACAUCUUGAGCAUUCCAGGGCUCCUUGGUUGAACCAUGAUUGAUCUCCAUUUUCUAUUGUCUACCAUUGACUUCCUCGUGUGGAAAGGAGGGGUGGUCAUUAAAAUUAGAGCCAGCACACACUUCCCUAAAGAGAUAUCAAAAAAAAGAGAUCUCAUGUCUGAGUCUGAUUUAAUAGCAGGUUUUUGAUAACACACAGAGACACAGUAUCCUGUCCCUGUAGAACACUACUUAGGCAUCAUGUCCAGGUGCUACUCUUUCCAUGAACUGAAGUGGUCAGCAAAGCUGAGGGAAUUUCUCAAAAGACAAGAACACCACCUGUUAAGAUUGGUGGUUUUAGGAACCAUUGCAACAGGUCGCCAAGAACUCUGUUUAAAUGUAGUUCACCACCUGGGACAUGAGUCUCUCAACCUAGACAGCCCCUCCUCUCUUUCUAACCCACACAUGCAAUACUGUUGGUAUGCUCAUUAAUUAACACCAACAUUCAAUUUACUUCCUAAACUUUGUUCAAAUUUGAUCUACCACACAUGGAAAAAACAGAGAAAAGGAUAUAAUGCAAACUGAUCAAUUGUUAAGUCUAGGUAGAGAAGGCUGGGUGCCAGCAGCUGGAUCUGUAGUCUCAACAUGUUCGUGAGCACCAGCAGCAAAAAAACCCGACAGCCCAGUGUCCCCACCUGCACUUGCACCACCAGCAGCAAGACCUUGAACUGAGAGCAGGAGGGUUCCUGAACUACUUCCACACUCCUGUCACUCUGACUGACAUCAGUUGACAGCAUUGCCCAGAGAAUUGCCAAAAAGCUUCACUAAUAGAGCCCCCUAGGCUUUCUUGCUUAUAUCUCCACCCGGUCUUUCACUGUCAGGAGAUGCUCUGGGGACACAAUGUAUUGUUCAAACCAGUGUCUGAAACGUGUCACUAGAGGGGUGCUGCUGCGGCACCAGUUUGUCUUUUCUUAUCUUGUCUUCAUCCUGGUUCUGUCAUCCUUAACUGAGAAUACUUGAAAACACUGUUUAAUUGGUUCUACCUCCAGAUGGCAAAUUUCAAAGGCCCUUUGCUCUUUGCGUCUCUUGGUGUUUUACUGCCCUGGACAGAAGCUCUGGCAUCAAGCCAUAGCCAAAGGCUGAGAGACAAGACCAUUUGUUUUCCAGAUUCACAAUUGUCCACCUGUGCUCUUAAGAGUGGAUGGCAUAUGACACUGAUAGUUGGAAGGACCAGCAGAUGUAGACACGAGAGCCAGAGACUGCCAGGGGCAGAGCAAGGCCUGGAAAGUGGCUCAGGUCAGAGUGCCUGCCCAUACCUCUACUUUUCCUGACUAACUGUCCUUUCUCACAGACUCACCCAUCUCUAAACUGGGUGUAGGUGAGUGGAUGUCUAAAACUGUGUUACAUGAUCUGUUCCUUGGGAGCGUAUCUACAGGCGCCAUAUGCGAAUGUGGUCCCUGCUUUCAGCUCACAAUUGUUAGUGUGGUAGCACGUCAGAAAUGCCGAGCUGCUCUUGGUAGAAUGGUAGUGGAGCCUGGCAUCUAAAAGGCAGGAAAGCUCUGCAUUGGUGCUUUUCUUAGCAUGUAGGCCUGUCCUCUGUUCACCUCAUCACCUCAUUCUCCCCUCCUCUUGGCGAGGAAGCAUCACAUGCCAUUUCUCUCUGGAUUCAUAUAUCCAACAAAAACCACUUUAUCCAGGACUGCUGGGAAACACAUGGAGCAACACUACUGGCACCUAGUUACUAAUUAGGGUGAGGGAUUUUGCUCCAAGCACCUCCCAAUUUUGGAAGUACCAGGAAAACACCCACCACUCUUGCACUUCAGGCUAUAAUGCUAGCUCUUAGGCCGCCCCCCAGGGUCCUGGCAUUGGCCUUCAACACAGAGAGAGAACCCAAGACCGUUGGCCACCUAGAGUUCUGAGUAGGCAUAAACUUAAACUUGAUAAAUCCUUAGGCAUCCAAGGCCCCUUUUUAAAAUCUUCCAAAGUUCUGGAUCUUCCUGCCAAAGUAGCCCAGUCUCACCCUACCUUAUAAGCUCCCCCAGCUAAGAAUUCCUCCCUCUUCAUCAGACCUUUCUAGUGGGUGAGCUUAAACUAGGUCAGAAAUUUCUAAAAAACCAAACAAACCAGUAUAUAGCUCUUUAAAGGUGACUGAGGAGCAAAGACCUUGGGAAGGUUACGGUUUAAGGUAAAGGGUGUGCGGCCUCUGCAGAAGAGAUUGUUCAUUCAUUGGAGCCUUGGAAAGAGCAUGGUAGAUAAUGCUUAGUACACCUUCCUAGAGGCUGAGCCUCCUCUCAAGAGGAGGGGUUGUUCUCAAAGACAGGGAACAUGUACCAGGUGGACUCAGGGUGCACUAGGAACCAUUGGUCCUUUAAAGAUACUGGUUGUCUCCUAGCCAGAAUCUCUAGGGAAGCAGCCCCAGGUGCACCCAAGAGAACCUCAACCUCUAGGGUAUACAUCCCCCUACCUUGCCUCACUUUGUCCUUGGGGACAACAGGAGAAGGAAGGUCAUGGCUUCAGGAAGGCCUUGUUGCCUGGGAUCCAGGGCUAUCCUUCUUCUUAAAGCCUUCUCUUGUGCGGGUGGAAACUCAAGCUGCCACAAGGAGUAGGGAGGGCAGGCAGGCAGGCCAUGGGGCCCUCUCCUCGCAUGUGCCCAGAGCAGACUACAAGUAAAGCAUGAAGAGAGAAAACACCUGCAAUUGAAACACUCAUUUUAAUGGUCAAUAGCUUCUGGUUGGCUCUGGAUGGUACAGUUAAACAAUAUACUUUAGACACCCUUACCCAAAAUAUGUUCACACCCCUCAGUAGCAUUUGCUUCAUCAGCAUUCCACUGCCCAGUUAGAUGUCCACAGCUUCAGACCCCCUUCUUGGGUUAUAGAGGUCCACACCUUAGUGUAAUGAGCUAAAGAACCUCCUGGUACACCUUGAUCGUUAUUUUUAAAAAAUAACAAAUGUUAACCAAAUACCUUCCCAGGCUGUGCUGUUUCAUCUGAGUACUGUUGUCUCUGGGCUGUUUCGCGUUCUUUCCUUCCCUCCUGAAAUCAUACAGCACAGAGUUCGUAAAUCUUCUUUACACAGUACACCAGCGCAGCGAAUGCUAUUGUGUUGUGCAGUCUCUUUCUGUGCAAGUCGUCCUUCCGGACCAGCACCACUGGGGUGGAGGAAGUGAGUGUGUGCAGAGGCAGGCGUGACAGUUUGUAGGCAUCAUACUCCACUUGGUACUUGCAGCAAGGGUCAAACUGCCAAGAGAUCCCAUACAGGGUACAGCAGGCCAGGCUCAGCACACCAGCUGGCAGGGAGAUGUAAUGAGAAUACUCCAGGGGCAGGGCCAGUGGGGUGCAGAGGCAGGCAGUGCCCGCCAGCACAGCGGUCUUGUGCAGACAGUUGCCCACAGUGAUCCAGCGGGCAGUCUCGUCGCCGAUGCGUGUGGGCUCGAUCACAAUAUACUUGUACUGUGCUUCCAAGGCCUGCUCCAGCUCGUAUUCAAACUGGUCUUGGGCGUUCUCCCCAUUGUAGAUCUCGUGCACAAUGUAGCAGUCUGUAGCAGAGAGGCUCACCCUGGGGCGGAAGGGUGGGCAAGAGCGACAUGUCAGACAAGAAGCACUACUACAUAGCUUUACUAAAUCCUGAUCUGAAGGCAACGCACCAAUUGGUAUUUAACUCCUCUCAACCCAAUAAACCUGCCUUUUCCAAA